GAGCAGGCAGGGCACUCUGCCACUGGCUCCUCAGCUGAAGCCACUUCAGGAAGGGUCAGGCCACCAGAAAAUUCAACUGUUUUUGCUGCCGGUUGGCCAUGAAUGAGUUUCCCUUUCUGACCCCAGAGGGGGACUCAGGACCCCAAGUAAACAGAGGUUCCCAGGGCUCCCUCGAGGAGGGUGCUGCUGCUGCCUCGGAGCCUCGGAACAGCCUGGGCGUCCUCCACGUCUCCUAUAGCAUCAGCAAUCGAGUGGGGCCCUGGUGGAACUUCACAUCUGGCUGGCAGCGGUGGAACAGGCAGAUCCUCAAAGAUGUCUCCUUGUACAUUGAGAGUGGGCAGAUCAUGUGCAUCCUAGGGGCCUCAGGCUCGGGGAAAACCACGCUGCUGGAUGCCAUAUCCGGGAGGCUGCGGCUCACGGGGACCCUCCUUGGGGACGUGUGUGUGAACGGCCGCUCGCUGCGUCAGGACCAGUUCCAGGACUGCUUCUCCUACGUGCAGCAGAGCGACACUUUUCUGAGCAGCCUCACGGUGCGAGAGACGCUGCACUACACGGCGAUGCUGGCCAUCCGGAGCGGCUCUGGAGACUUCUUCCACAGGAAGGUGGAGGCAGUCAUGGCAGAGUUGAGCCUGAGUCAUGUCGCAGACCGACUGAUCGGCAACUAUAAUUUGGGGGGCAUUUCCAGUGGCGAGCGCCGUCGGGUCUCCAUUGCAGCCCAGCUUCUCCAGGACCCCAAGAUCAUGAUGUUUGAUGAGCCAACCACAGGCCUGGACUGCCUGACUGCAAAUCAGAUUGUCAUCCUCCUAGCAGAGCUGGCCCGCAGGGACCGCAUCGUGAUCCUCACCAUCCACCAGCCCCGCUCUGAGCUCUUCCAGCACUUCGACAAAAUCGCCAUCCUGACCUACGGAGAGUUGGUUUUCUGUGGUACACCGGUGGAAAUGCUUGAUUUCUUCAAUGGCUGUGGUUACCCUUGUCCUGAACAUUCUAACCCCUUUGACUUCUAUAUGGACCUGACAUCAGUGGAUACCCAAAGCAAGGAACGGGAAAUAGAAACCUACAAGAGAGUCCAGAUGCUUGAAUCUGCCUACAAAGAAUCGGACAUCUACCGCAAAACUUUGGAGAAUAUUGAAAGAACAAAACACCUGAAAGCUUUGCCAAUGAUUCCUUUCAAAACCAAAGAUCCUCCUGGAGCUCUCUCUAAACUGUGGGUUCUCUUGAGGAGAGUGACGAGAAACUUACUGAGAAAUAAGCAAGCAGUGAUUAUGCGUCUCGUUCAGAAUCUGAUCAUGGGCUUGUUCCUCAUUUUCUUCCUUCUGCGGGUUCAGAAUGAAAUGCUCAAGGGUGCUGUCCAGGACCGCGUGGGUCUCCUUUACCAGUUUCUGGGCGCCACCCCAUACACCGGCAUGCUCAAUGCUGUGACUCUGUUUCCCGUGCUGCGAACCGUCAGUGACCAGGAGAGCCAAGACGGCCUAUACCAGAAAUGGCAGAUGCUACUGGCCUAUGUGCUGCAUGUCCUUCCCUUCAGCAUCAUGGCCACCUUGCUGUUCUCCAGCGUGAGCUACUGGACGCUGGGCUUAUACCCUGAGGUUGCCAGAUUUGGAUAUUUCUCUGCUGCUCUCUUGGCUCCCCAUUUAAUUGGUGAAUUUCUGACUCUGGUUGUACUUGGUAUGAUCCAAAACCCCAAUAUCGCCAACAGUGUAGUAGCUCUGCUCAGCAUUGCCGGGGUGCUAGUUGGAUCUGGAUUCCUCAGAAACACAGAAGAAAUGCCUAUUCCUUUUAAAAUCUUCAGUUAUUUUACAUUUCAAAAAUUUUGCUCUGAGAUUCUUGUAGUAAAUGAGUUCUAUGGACUGAAUUUCACUUGUGGCAGCUUAAAUGCUUCUAUGAUGUAUCAUCCACUAUGUACCAUCACUCAAGGAAUUCAAUUCAUUGAGAGAACAUGCCCAGGUGCAACAGCCCGAUUCACAAAAAACUUUGUCAUUUUAUAUUCAUUUAUCCCAGUUCUUGUCAUCUUAGGAAUAAUUGUCUUUAAAAUACGGGACUAUUUCAUUAGCAGAUAGUAAAGAACAUUGCUGGGAAGAUGGGACUUCAGUCUAGAUGUGACAGCUGCUUUGACUGGAAUAAGAAUGCCAUGUAUUUCUUUUUCACUAGAACAUUUUCAAUCUUUUAACCAUGAAGACUCCAUUUGUGCCUCUUGGAUCCACACAGGACUUGAGUGCAAUGGAAAUGGUUCAAAGUCCUUUGCUAUUCCAACUUGUGGGGAUGUGGUAUUUGGAAAUAGUGACUGAGCUGGUCCAAGAAUGUAAAUACAAUUCAUAAACUUAUGGGAGACUAGUGUGACUAUUUGCUUCCUUUGUUUUAGACACACAAAAAAAGCCAAUUAAAAAUGAUGUGUAUAUGA